AUGUUCUCAUUAAUUAAGUCAAUUUUUUCAAAUAUACAAAAAAAGGAAGAACUGAAAAUAUUAAUUAUUGGAGAAUGCGGUUCAGGUAAGACAAGUUUGUUUAAUUUAAUUUCUAGUUAUGAUAAUAAAAGCAAAUCUGAUAUUUUAAAUACAGAAAUAUUAAAAAAUCAUGAUCAUGUUAAUUGUGCUUUAGGUUUUAACACUAAAAGCAUAAUUUUUAAUAAAAAAAAUUUGAAAAUUUAUGAUUUAGAAGGAACAGAAACAAAUACUAUAAAUAUUUAUGAUUGUUAUUAUGAUGAUUCUGAUAUUAUUUUUUAUGUUAUUGAUUCUCGAUCUGAAAAACAUAUAUUUAAAACAAUUGUAUAUUUAUCUUAUUUGUAUAGAAAAUGUGUCAACGUUAAAAACAACAAUAAAAAUAGAAAUGAGAAAUUUUUUAAACCUACUAUUAUAUUAGGCAAUAAAUCUGAAGAUGGUACAUCUUUUUUUUCUGCACCUUGUAUAUAUAAUUAUAUUAAAACAAUAAAUGUUAAUAAAAAUGAGAAGUUUUGGAAUUUUAUUUUAUCUAGUGAUAACAUUUUUCUUAACUAUUAUUUAGACAUAUUAUAUGAAAGAGUAGUUGAAUAUUUUCUGAUAAAGAAUUAUCCUUUUAGUAAAUUUUUAAUUAAAGAAGAAACAGAUCAAAAUUUGUAUUCAGAAAUUAUAAGAAAAUCAAAUAAUAUUAUAGAUAAUAUUAAAAAAAAUAAAUGCUAUAUUACAUUGGAAGAAGUUGAAAGUAAUGAAUUACUUACAAUUAUUAUGAAAAAUAUUAUUGAUGAUAAUAUUAAUAAUUAUAAAAAUAUGCCAAUAGAAGUGUAUAAUAUUAGUGUACUUCAGAAUAAAGGAAUUUGUGAAGUUAUCGAAAUAAUGUUUGAAAAGUAUUUUAAAAAAGAAAAUCAUAAUAAUUUAAAUAAUAUACAUCUUAUAAAUAAUGAAGAUGAUAAUAAAAUAAUGCAAAAUGUAGAUGAUAAUGUUGCUUAUAGAAAUAAUGAAAAUGAAGAAAGAAGAACGAGGAAACCUUUUUACCAUUAUGAAAAAAGUAAAUAUGAUACUAUAUUAGAUACAAAUAAUAUAUGUAAUUCGAAAAAUGUUUUUUACAAUGGAAACAAAAAUGAUAAAAUUAACAAAUUAGUUUAUUCCUGCUAUCCUUCAAAUCCUAUAAAUAACUAUAUAUCUGGAAAAAAUUAUCUUUUCACUAAUAAUGUUUAUAAAAAGAGGAUAUAUAAAAAAAAGGAAAAGUAUUCAAAUACUCAAAAGGAUAAUUACAUCAUGUAUGCAAGUAAUAAUAAUUCUAUUAAUUUAUUUAUUGAUUAUAUACAGCAUUUGUACUUUGGAAAAGAUUAUUAUGAAAAUAUAUUUAAUAAUUUUUCCUUUACAUUUAAUAAAAAUGUGAAAAAUAAAAAAAGAUUAAAAUUUUUUAGAAGAAAUAAAAAGAAAAAUAAUAUAAAUGGAUUUAAAUUACAUAGCUUUAAAAAAAAUAAUAAUUCCAGUGUAAAAAUAGAAUUACAAAGAAAUACUAAUGUAAAUGAAAAAAAAAUUAUGAACAAAAAGGAAUAUAAUGAAACAAAAUCAUUAAUUGAGGAAUUAAAGGAAGUAGAAGAAAAAGAUUAUAAAGUUAAAAGUGAUAUAUAUAAAGAAAAAACAAUAGAGGAAAAUAUAAAAAGUAAAAUAUCAAAAAAAACUGAAGAAGAUUUAGAAUGUAAAGAAAAAAAGGAGGACAAAAUAAGAGAAGAUGAACAUAAAGAAGAAAAACAGGAAGUUUUCUAUGAAGAGGAUAAGGAAUCCAAAGAGUUUAAAAGGAAAGAAAUGGAUCAACAAAUUCAAAUAGAAUCCGAAGAAAUUCAGGAAAAAAGUGAAGGUAUAAAAAAUGAAAAUAAAAAAAAACAAGAAAAUCAAAAUGAAGAAAAAGAAAAAGAAUUAAACAAGCAAAUAGAUGUGAAAAAAAAAAAACAAAAAGAUACAGAUAAUAAAGAAAACCACGAAGACAAAGAGAUGGAAGAAGAAAAAAUAAAUGAAAAUAUAAAUGAUGAAAAGGAUAAAUGUGAAAAUAUACAUGAAAUAUAUAAAUUGAGUAGUGAUAAAAAAUACAAUGAAUUUAAAAAUAAUUCUGACUGUUUUAUAAGUGAAAAUUAUUUAAGAUCAAUUAGUAAUUUAAGUUCUAUUUCUUUACUUGACUCAGAUACAAUUUUAAAAUUAGCUGAAAAAGGAGAAGAUUCAUGUAAAAAUAUAUCCAAAAAAAUGUCACAGAGUUUUUUUCAAAAAAAUAAAGAAGAAAGUUUUAUUUUGACAAAAUUACAAAGUAAUAAAUAUUGUCAAAAUAUAGAGCAGAACAGGAAGCGACAAGAAUGCGAAAUUAAAGAAACUGUAUAUAGAGAAGAUAAAGAUGAGCAAAAACAAGUAGAAAAAGGAGUAGAAAAAAAUGAAGUAGAAUAUGAAGAAGAGCAAAAACAAGUAGAAAAAGGAGUAGAAAAAAAUGAAAUAAAAUAUGAAGAAGAGGAAAAACAAGUAGAAAAAGGUGUAGAACAAAAAGAAAUAGAAUAUGAAGAAGAGCAAAAACAAGUAGAAAAAGAGGUAGAACAAAAAGAAAAUAAGGAAAAAAAGCAUCCAACACAAGAAAAAGUAGAAUAUGAAGAAAAACAUGAAAAACAAGAAGAGAGUACGGAAAAAAAGCAGAAAAAAAAAAAAAAAGUAAUAGAACAAAAAGAAGAGAAUAAGGAAGAAAAACAGAGAAAACAAGGAGAUAUAGAAUAUGAAGAAGAAAAAAAAGUAGAAGAAAAAAUGAAAAAUAUUUUUAAAAAAAAUGAUUCUAUGUAUAAAAAAAUGAGAGAAGAAAAUUACACAAAUAACAAUGGAGAUACAUGUUCUUAUAAUAAAAAAGAACAAGAAAAGGAUUCUUUUUAUAAAGAAAGGAACUUAAAUAAUGUAAAGUGUGAUAAAAUUAACUACAUAUAUAAGGGAAAAAUUAAUAAAAAAAGAUAUUCACUUAUAAAAAAAAAAGCAAAAAAAAAGUUUUUACAUAAUAUAAAGUUAAAUAAUUUAGAAGAAAAUUCUAGUAGUUCUAUUGAAGAUGUAAAUUUGAUGAAUAUUAUGUGCAUAGAUUCAUUACACAAAAUAUAA